ACUUAAACUACUAUUCCCACAAUCCCUUUCACGAAUGACACUGACGUCAUCGAAAACAUCAUGGUGGACUCGUGUGUGUGUGCAUGGUGCUAGACUUGGAUUAAAACGUCGACCAUAUGGAAUAUAUGUCGAAAAGCUGAUCAUUAAAUACGAGCCUCUCUGCAGUAGGAGAGAAUGCUUCGCAGAUCCAGGAUCAGUGUUCGCCCGAACGUCAGGCCAGCAGGCAGAGGGCCAGCACCAGCAUCCUCCCAGGACACUCCACCUUCCCAGGAGGCUGCAGUCUCCCAGGCCUCCGAGGACCUUCCCCAGGCAGGGGGCCAGUGCGUGAAGGACACCACCACAACUGCAGUGCUAGAAGCCUCCACAGAGUCCACCACACCCAGAGAGGAUGGAAAAGACCCAAAUGGCGAGGCUUCCAGCAGCACCCCCUCUGCCGGUCUUCAAAGGAGGAAGCGGUUCUCUGUCAUGCCAAACCUUGCCAAACCCCGGGUGGCCGCCACCCCAGCCCUCACCCGCUCCUCCCCCAGGACCCCCAAGUCCCCUGUAAGAGCGGGCACUGAGACUCCAGCUCCAACCCCUGAGGCUCCAGAGGCCCCCAGCCAGACAGAUUCUGGACCCCCACAGGGCAUGAGAUCCCCAAGGCGGAGGCCCUCUGGAGGUAGUAGGCAGGCCAAAGGACAGCCCAAACCCAGGCCACUGUCCCCAGCUUCCCCAGGCCCUACAACAACCUCUCUGGGGAAUGUGGCAGUGGAGAACUCAUCCUCGUCACAACAGACCCUGCAGGCAGCAGGCAAAGACUGCAUCCAAUCAGAUCUCCUGAAAAAAACACCAAUCAUUAAAGUUCCAUCCACUCCGUUAGAGAUGGUCCCAUCGUCCUCCCUUCCAGACAAAGAGGGUAUCUCAGUGUCAGAGAGAGCUAAGACUCUGGUCGCCAGGUCUGUGUCUGGUGGGCUCACCGGGCUGGCACCAGGGAAGUCCAGGCUUAGCAGGUUCCUGAAUGACCCAACAGACCUACAGAGGCUGGCUAAGGCCCGGAAGCUCAGAGAGCUGCUGAGACAGGAGAUGAACAAGGAGAAGAAACGGAGCAAAGCCAAGGUGUGUGUGAGCGAAUACACACUAGAUCCCUCUAAAAUGACCAUGAGAGAUCUCAUCUACUACCUGCCUGAUACCAACCCCAUGACGUCUUAUCUGGUAGAGGAACAGAGGGAGAAUGAGACUGUCCUCCCACUCACCCCACCAAGAGAAGAGUCACCUGAAAGACCCCCAACACCGGAGGCCCCAGCUGAGAUAGCCAGCCAGGGAGAUGAAGAUGAAGAUGAGGAUGACGAUGGGGUGAUGGUCCCGCGGGUGAAGGUGGCAGAAGACGGCUCUCUGAUCAUCGAUGAGGAGAGUUUGACGGUGGAGGUCUUGAGGCAGAAAGGGCCCAACCCAGCUGAUGAUAGAGACCCCAUCUUUGAGCGUGGCUCCACAACCACCUACUCGAGCUUCAGGAAGGGGACACACGUUAAGCCCUGGUCCAACAAAGAGACGGACAUGUUCUUCCUGGCCAUCAGUAUGGUGGGAACAGACUUCUCCAUGAUUGGACAGCUGUUCCCUCACCGCGGUCGCACCGAGAUCAAGAACAAGUUCAAGAAAGAGGAGAGAGCAAACAGCUGGAGGAUAGACAAGGCCUUCAAGGAGAAACGCAGGCUGGACCAUGAGUUCUUCACUAGUCUCCUGGAGAAGAUCUUGGCUGCAGAGGCAAAGAGGAACAAAAAUAACAAGUCCCCCACAGAGAAGAUACGGAUCAAGAAAAAAAUCAAACAGAAAGAAAAGAAAGCAGCGAAGCAGCUGAGCGACGUAGAGGAGGAGGGGUUAGACGCGGAGAUGGACACAGAGGAGGUGGAGGGAGAGAAGGAGAACGAGAACGUCUCUAACGAAGGGACCACGCUUUCUUCCGCUCCCACCCCUAAGAGAAAACGCAAAAGUAGGGAUGGUGGAGGAGAGUCCUCUCCUGAAGAAGCAAAGGAUGGAAAGAAAAAGAAGAUUGACCUAAUAACAAGUGAUCAAGAAGAGGCUGGUGUACCUGAAGAUUCUGAGGCAGGGCCUCCAGAGAGUUCAAAGCAGGCAGAAGGGCCUGUGGAAGCAGCCAAGGGACCUGUGGUGAUCAAACCAGCCCAGUUGUCCCGUGGCCGAUCCCAGAGACCUCUUCCUAACCUGGGUAGGAAGUGGGGCCAGAGGGGCCCCGAGCCCAAUACCAAGCCUAACGUUAAAGAUGGGGCCACACCUACAGAGGAGGAGAACACUGAAGAAGGGCUGUCUGAAGAACAGGUAGAUGAAGAUGCUUCCCCUUCAGUCAGUCAAAAGGAGAAGAAGAAAGCUGGUAAACUCUCUUCAUCUGAGGGAGAGGAGGAAGAAGCCAACGAUAAACCCAUCAAACCCACCAGGUAUGGCAGAAUACCCAAAAAGACACAGCUCUUGAAUUACCCUGCAAAGGAGGAUGGGGACUCGCCCUCAGACUCUGCCCCCACUCCCGCCUCAGACGGAUCCCCCUCCACCAUGCCCAAAUCCAAACCAGCUACCAGGAGGGCCAAAAUCAAACCUGGCCCAGCCCUGCCAGGUAGGAUGGGCCAAUCAACUGCUAGGAAAUCCAAGCUGGUCACCCUCAGGGCAUCCCAGUCUGAAGAUGAGGAUGAAGAUGAGGAAGAAGGAGCAUGGAGAGAGGAGCCGCAGGCCGAGGAGGACACCCACAAUCCCACAAGCCCAGAGGAGGAGAAUCAGGCACCUGCGUUCAUCCCCAUGAGCCUUCGCUCGCCACAACCUGUCGCCACAGAGGUUGAGGAGACCAUGGAGGAGGUGAAAGGGCUCGAUAUCUCCGUCAACGUGCCUGAUGUCCUGGGUAUUUCCCAUGAUGCAUUCUGCCCUGACUCGUCAUGCGAGCGGGCACAGGGUGGUGAAAUGGGCACAGUGCCCUGUGAACAUCAGUUGGACCUGUUAGUAGACGUGAUAGACUUCCUGUCUCCAGAUAACACGGAAGUAUCUGAGGAGAGCUACAACGAGGCAGCUAGAACCCUUCUGGCCAUCGGCAACCUCACCCACCUGUCUCAGGCGGCUGAGGCCUUCACUGCCGGAGCAGAUGAUAUCAUCACGGAAGAACGUUCCAAUGAGGACCAACUGUACCAGAUGACACCACAGCCCACUGACCAAUCACAAACUAGCACCAUUCCUUCUGAAUCCUUUAGGGUCACUGAGGCAUCACGAAUCGCUGAGGAUUCUGUACCUGUUGCCUCGUCAACAACAGCCUCUGUCCCUGUCACCACGACAACAGCCUCUAUCCCAGGCUCCAAAAUAACAGCCUGUGUCAUAAUUACCAUGGCAACAGCCUCAGUCCCAGUCACCACGACAACAUCUUCUCCUCCAGUCACCUUGACAACAACGGCAUCUGUCCCAGUGCCUCAGAGCAGUGAUACGCCCACUCUAGAAACUCCACCCAUAGAGGAGGGGCCUCUCAGACAGAUGGAGGGGACUGAUAUUGGACACGCCUCCAAGAUGGAAUCAGGUUCUGAAGUGUCAGAGGGCUCAGAGCAACAGACAACCUCACAGAGCAGGAGGAGCCACUUCCCUAAGGUCAAACCCAACCUGGGACGGGCUGCCAGGACCACACAACCCAAACAGACGACCACCACACUGUCAGAAUCACCACAGACUACCACCACACUCUCUGAACCACCACUUGAGCCUAUGCUGAAUAUCACCACAACCUCAGAACCACAGCCUACCAUGCAUAUCACCACAGAACCACCACUGCCUACUGAGAGUAUUAACACAGAGUCAGAAACACAGCCCAAACAGAGAACUACCACACACUCAAAACCACAAACCACCACCACACACUCCAAGCACCAGCCCACCACAAAUAUUAUCCCACACUCAGAACCACUGCCCAUUCAGAAAACCAGAAUAGCGUAUUCAAAAUCACAGCCUACAUUGAAUACCACCACAAACACACUCUCAAAACAACAAUCUACACAGAGUACCACCAAACUCUCACAACCACAGCCCACCCCGAGCCUUGAUCAGCCAAGUCCAGUUACAUUCAUGCCCAUAGUCCCAGAGUCACCUCUGACGUCAUCAGAAGAGGUGAAAGGUCACGAUGGCCGUAAGGGAAAUACUUCCCUCAGUGCUGGAGGGUCCCAGUCAGGGACAUCAGACUCAGACCAGCCCAAACAGACAGGUCCUCUAACCCGUAGGGCCCGUUUACCUAAACCCAAACCCAACUUGGGUCUCACCGCCAAAGCCGCUACGCGCUCUGCAGUCCAGGUACCAGAAAGCAGGCCAAGCCCUGAAGUCCAGACACCAGAGGAAGCUGAUGAGGUUCCCAUGGAAAUACAACAGAUCCACCAAGUCGUCCCCCUUUGUGACAUCAUCGAUACUACCCAGGAGGAAAUACAACAGAUUCACCAAGUCAUCCCUCAUCCACCCAUAGAGGGGCCUCUCAAACAGAGGGAGGGGACUGAUAUUGGACACGCGUCUCAGGUGGAAUCAGGUUCUGAAGUGUCAGAGGACUCAGAGCAACAGACAACCUCACAGACCAGGAGCCACUUCCCUAAGGUCAAACCCAAUCUGGGAUGGGCUGCCAGGACCACACAACCCAAACAGACUACCACCACACUGUCAGAACCACCACUAGAUUCUAUGCUGAAUAUCAUCACAACCUCAGAACCACAGCCUUCCAUGAUUAUCACCAUAGAGCCACCACUGCCUACUGAGAGUAUUAACACAGAGUCAGAAACACAGCCCAAACAGAGAACUACCACACACUCAAAAUCACAACCCACCACAAAUAUCAUCCCACACUCAGGACCACAGCCCAGUCAGAGAACCAGAGUAGCGCAUUCAAAACCACAGCCUACAUUGAAUACCACCACACAGUCAGAACCACUCCAGCCCACACUAAAUUCCACCACAAACACACUCUCAAAACAACAAUCAACACAGAGUACCAGCAAACUCUCACAACCACAUCCCACCUCAAGCCUUGAGCAGCCAGGUCCAGUUACACUCAGACCCAGAGUCCUAGGGUCACCUCUGAGGUCAUCAGGAGAGGUGAAAGGUCACGAUUGCUUCAAGGAAAAUACUUCCUCUUCCCUCAGUGCUGGAGGGUCCCAGUCAGGGACAUCAGACUCAGACCAGCCCAAACAGACAGGUCCCCCAACCCGCAGGGCCCGUUUACCUAAACCCAAACCCAACUUGGGUUGCACCGCCAAAGCCGCUACAUGCUCUGUAGUCCAGGUACCAGAUGUGGCUUCCAGACCCAAAUCUGACGUCCAGAGACUAGAUACUGGACCCUGCCCUAAAGUCCAGACACCAGAGGAAGCUGAUGAGGUUCCCAUGGAAAUACAACAGAUCCACCAAGUCGUCCCCCUUUCUGACAUCAUCGAUACUACCCAGGAGGAAAUACAACAGAUUCACCAAGUCAUCCUUUAUCCACCCAUAGAGGAGGGGCCUCUCAGACAGAGGGAGGGGACUGAUAUUGGACACGCCUCUCAGGUGGAAUCAGGUUCUGAAGUGUCAGAGGGCUCAGAGCAACAUACAACCUCACAGAGCAGGAGGAGCCACUUCCCUAAGGUCAAACCCAACCUGGGACGGGCUGCCAGGACCACACAACCCAAACAGACGACCACUACACUGUCAGAACCAACACAGACUACCACCACACUGUCAGAACCACCACUAGAUUCUAUGCUGAAUAUCACCACAACCUCAGAACCACAGCCUUCCAUGAUUAUCACCAUAGAGCCACCACUGCCUACUGAGAGUAUUAACACAGAGUCAGAAACACAGCCCAAACAGAGAACUACCACACACUCAAAAUCACAACCCACCACAAAUAUCAUCCCACACUCAGGACCACAGCCCAGUCAGAGAACCAGAGUAGCGCAUUCAAAACCACAGCCUACAUUGAAUACCACCACACAGUCAGAACCACUCCAGCCCACACUAAAUUCCACCACAAACACACUCUCAAAACCACAAUCAACAGAGAGUACCACCAUACUCUCACAACCACAGCCCACCUCAAGCCUUGAGCAGCCAGGUCUCAGACCCAUAGUCCCAGAGUCACCUCUGAGGUCAUCAGAAGAUGGCCGUAAGGGAAAUACUUCCUCUUCCCUCAGUGCUGGAGGGUCCCAGUCAGGGACAUCAGACUCAGACCAGCCCAAACAGACAGGUCCUCUAACCCGUAGGGCCCGUUUACCUAAACCCAAACCCAACUUGGGUUGCACCACCAAAGCCACUACACGCUCUGCAGUCCAGGUACCAGAAAGCAGCCCAAGCCCUGAAGUCCAGACACCAGAGGAAGCUGAUGAGGUUCCCAUUGAAAUACAACAGAUCCACCAAGUCUUCCCCCUUUGUGACAUCAUCGAUACUACCCAGGAGGAAAUACAACAGAUUCACCAAGUCAUCCCUCAUCCACCCAUAGAGGGGCCUCUCAGACAGAGGGAGGGGACUGAUAUUGGACACGCCUCUCAGGUAGAAUCAGGUUCUGAAGUGUCAGAGGGCUCAGAGCAACAGACAACCUCACAGACCAGGAGGAGCCACUUCCCUAAGGUCAAACCCAACCUGGGACGGGCUGCUAGGACCACACAAACCAAACACCAACAGACUACCACCACACUGUCAGAACCACCACAGACUACCACCACACUCUCAGAACCACAGCCCAUUCAGAGAACCAGAGUAGCGCAUUCAAAACCACAGCCUGCAUUGAAUACCACCACACAGUCAGAACCACUCCAGCCCACACUAAAUUCCACCACAAACACACUCUCAAAACAACAAUCCACACAGAAUACCACCAUACUCUCACAACCACAGCCCACCUCAAGCCUUGAGCAGCCAGGUCCAGUUACACUCACACCCAUAGUCUCAGAGUCACCUCUGACGUCAUCAGAAGAGGUGAAAGGUCACGAUGGCCGUAAGGGAAAUACUUCCCUCAGUGCUGGAGGGUCCCAGUCAGGGACAUCAGACUCAGACCAGCCCAAACAGACAGGUCCUCUAACCCGUAGGGCCCGUUUACCUAAACCCAAACCCAACUUGGGUCUCACCGCCAGAGCCGCUACGCGCUUUGCAGUCCAGGUACCAGAAAGCAGGCCAAGCCCUGAAAUCCAGACACCAGAGGAAGCUGUUGAGGUUCCCAUGGAAAUCCCACAGAUCCACCAAGUCUCCCCCCUUUGUGACAUCAUCGAUACGACCCAGGAGGAAAUGGAACAGAUUCACCAAGUCAUCCCUCUUACUGACGUCAUUGAUUCUACCCAGGGCGAUAUGUCUGUCUUUACGGAGGGAAGCAUUUUCUCGCAACAAAGUGAUGCUGUCUUCAUACAGCACUCAGAAACGUCUGUGUCGACUGCUCCGUUGGACCAGGCCCAGUCAGACCCGGAUGAGCCUAUAUUCAUCCUCUCCCUGACUGAAAUCCCAGUGCUCCCCACAGGGGAGGAGAGUGGCUGCACAUCCCAGACCCUCUCUGAGCCUUUCCUUUUUCUACCAGACGCAGGCGCUCAACUGCAGCAGAGCAGUGAUAUUGUUGCCCCCGGAGGUGGUUUGGAGAAAGGGAAUGCUGGUGUCCUCUGUGAAGUCCCUGAGCCUAUGUCAGUGGAUGAGGUCCUUCCUCAACCCUCAUACACCAGUAUCAAGGAAGUGGAGUCUGGCUCCACGGCGGGUCCAGUAGGUGUGUGUGCCUCGGCCAAACCCUCAGAAGACUCCAUGGCUGAUGCAGAGACUAGUGAGGACACGCAUCCUCCUAAGAAGAGGAAAGCGCCAGAGAGAGACAGGAGAGUAGACAAACUGCAGGUGAGACCUAACACUGCAGUAAGGAAACAGACCAGUUGUUCGGCCCCUGCCAAGGAGGCUGUGUCACCCAUUACCCCAGACCAGACACCCUCUUUGACCACUACCACCCUAGACACUUACCACCCCACUGCCUCCAGUCCCCUGGCCCAGCCAGGCCCCUCCGUCACGGGAACUGCAUCACGACAGGGGGUGGCUGAUGAGCCACAGCAGGGGACUGUGGGCUGUUUCGAUCGUACAGAGACCGAGCACAAGCCGACUGGAGGGGAGGACAAUAGUUCAGGGGCGGAGUCUCAGGCUGCCCGUCAAAUUACACCGCUGGCUAUGAGUGGCCCCUUGAGCAGGCCUGGUAGGAGACCCAGAGGAUUCCUGUCUUUCAUGUCCAAUAAGAACACCUCCCCUGUAGCUGCCCCCCCCCGAGGUACCAGAGCAGCCGCUCGGAGGCCCCAGGUCAACACCACCCGCCCAGGGGGGAAACGGGCUGCUCCUGCACCUUCCACCACAACCAGAACCAUGCCUUCACCUUCCAUAAUGCAUUACACCACCACCCCCACUAGGGCCACCAGAACCACCACUAAGCCAGAUUUUUCCGCCAGGGUGACUCAGGAAAAACCCUCUGAUGCCCUGGCCUUACACUCAGACCCACAGCCCAGUACUUCCCUGUGUACUACAGAUACUGAGUCCUUUCAGGUGCCAGCCGCCCAGCCCAGUGCGUCUCCCUGUGUGGACAGUGGUUCAGCAGACGAGGAACCCAUCAACGUGUCCCAGUACUUCUUCAGUGACAUCUUCACCGAGGUCGAGGAGAAUGAGGGAUGAGAGACGGAGGAAGGGAAAGGAGAUCAAAAAGGCACUCUUUGACUCUUUGUUUGAAUCAAACUGGAGAACAAAAUGUUAAAUACUUAAGAAAACAUGUUUUUGUAUCUACCACUGAAAUUACGUUUCUGCUUGCUUGUGUUUAUGUGAACAAGGUUUCAUGCUUGCAGCGAACAGAUUUGGUCACAAGAUGGCAACAGUGAAACCAAACUAGGGAUAAUUCCUCUUCAAAUUUUGGGGGGGACCAAACUGGCGCGCCUUUAAGCUACUUUCCUAUAUUGAACGAUUACGUUUUUUUGGCUCUUUUACCCCAAUCAUAUUAUCUAGCCUAUUGAGUAAUCUAUUCAUUCUAAUUACAUAUUUAUAUUUAUUUGGUUUACAUUUUUUCAAACCACACCAAGCCAGACAUUCAUGAUAAUUUCCCUCUAUCGGCAAGAAGGAGAAUACUUGAAAUCAGUGUCAACUCACUCUACUACAGGGACUUUCACAUUCAAAUUUGUGUUCUUAUUUUAAAAUUGUUUACAUAGGUAGCCAUUGUCUAAACAUGAGCAUUGUGUGUGUAUAUAUGUUUAUUAUAAUUUAGAUCAGAUAUAUUGGAGGGGUAUGUACCCUUAACAUUUACUUUGGUUUUUCACUCUUCAUGCAUGAACAAGACCCAGCUUUGCAGCUUGAGGGACAGCACAGCAAUGUCUCUUUAUUUCAUGCUCGCUGAAGAUACAGGAAAUAUAAUUUAAAACGGCGCUGGAACAGAAUCCUCUAGUUUAAUCCAUGUACAGUGACAAACUCACAGAAACAGUGCACAGAUCAUGAGUUCAAUUUCAGUUCUCAAUUAUUGAUUAUGUUCUGCAGCCACUGUUGGUUCAAACUAACAUAGCUGUUCUGUAGCUCAUGUAAAAUAUGUUAAUAAAGUUUUAUAUGUUAAUGUC